AUCUCUUCAAAACCUCUUCCUCUUCUCUUCUUAUCCUCCUCCUAAAACCUGGUCAAAAUCUAUCCAACCCAACCCAAUCCCUUCUUCUUCUUCUUCUUCUUCAUAUUCCUUCUUAUCAUCAUCAUCUUCUUCGCUGCCUCUAGAAUUCAAAAGUUCAGCCUUUCCAACCUCUAUAAUUAUCUCCACCACCCACAUCAUCAAUCACCAUAAAUCUUCUUCUUAUUCUUCUUAUUCCUCCCAAAACCUAAUUGCACACACUGGUUUCGAUCGUUGUUAACUUGUUCAUACACAUGCUAUGCAGUUAUGAAUGAUUGAGAGACAACACCAAUGUCUUCUCCAGUAAUCUGCGAGAUUCUCCUCUCUGGCUUCACCAUAAACUCUUCUCUCAGACGCAGGACACACCUGGUUCAAUCUUUCUCGGUUGUUUUCCUCCACUGGUUCUACGUUUUCUCAUGAACUAAAUCAACCUCGUUCGAAAAUAAUAACAACAACAUAGUAUAGUUCCCGUUUUUUUUUUUUUUUCUUUUUUAAUCAAUACAUAACAUUCAAUCAUUAAACCUAGCUAGAGAUAAGAUAAGAUUCAUCAAUCAAUUAUCGCGCAAAUAGCAGCAGCGAUGGGUUCUCCCGGUGGAGCCUGUUCGUCCGGUUCGAGUUCUCUGCAAAACUCUGGGUCCGAGGGCGAGCGAGAGAUGGUGGAUGAGAGGAAGAGGAAGAGAAUGCAAUCGAACCGGGAAUCGGCACGCAGAUCUCGGAUGAGGAAACAGCAGCACCUGGAGGGUUUGAGUGCGCAAUUGGAUGAGCUGAAAAAGGAGAACAGUGAGAUGAACAAGAACAUAGGCAUGACGACGCAGGUGUUCCUGAAGGUGGAAGCUGAGAACGCGAUUCUGAGGGCGCAGAUGGCGGAACUCAGCAACAGAUUGAACUCUCUGAACGAAAUCAUCGGUUUCAUAAACUCCACGAACUACUUGGUGUUGGAUGAAGCACAGGAGACUCAGAUGUUCAAUGAUUGUGGCUUCAUGGAUGCUUGGAAUGGAAUACCCUUCAACCAACAACCAAUCAUGGCUUCAGCUGACAAUGACAUCUUGAUGAUGUAUUGAUACCUGAAUUUUGUGAAUCGUGAAUCGUGAGUCGUGGAUCUUUCGUCGACUCAUCCAUUAUUGUAACACCGCACUGUCGUGUUUUGAUUUCUCUGAUGUUAAUUUCUUUUCGUUUUUCUUGUAAUGUUCUAUUGUUUUCCCAGUUUCUGUUCUGUUAAGCUUGUUUGUAUUUCAAGAGGGGGGUUCUUUUUCUUCUUCAGAAAUUAAAAAUGGAGCCUUUAAUUUCCAUGUA